CCGGUUUCUCAGCUGCUGCUAAAUCGCUGGAACUUUAUUCCCGGAAUCGUUUCAAACAUGAGAGGAAAACAACGAAGUCCAGGAGAAAUAUGUGCCGAUUGUGGGAUGACAGAUCCCGGAUGGGCAUCUCUGAACAGAGGUGUUUUGAUCUGUGAUGAAUGUUGCAGUGUUCACAGGAGUCUUGGAAGACAUAUAUCUCAAAUCAGAGCUCUUCCUCAUGGACCCCCUUGGCCACGAAGCCUCUAUGAGAUGGUGCAUGCUCUGGUUAGCAAUGGUGCCAACUCUAUCUGGGAACAUUCACUCUUGGAUCCCUCGCAAGUCAGGAGCGGCAAAAAGAAACCUAAUCCAAAGGAUUCUGUCCAUCCAUUCAAGUCUGACUUCAUCCGUGCCAAGUAUCAGAGGUUGGACUUUGUUCACAGACUGAAGGAUGGUGAUGAAGCUACUGUCAAGGAUCUUAGCAGACAACUCCACUCAAGCGUAAGGACAGGUAAUUUAGAGACGUGUCUAAGGUUGCUCUCUCUUGGUGGACUGGCAAACUUCUAUCAUGCUGAGAGAUGUAACACCCCACUGCAUGUUGCAGCUAAAGAGGGUCAGAUGCUACAGUGCGAGUUACUGAUAGUCUACGGUGCAGACCCAGGGGCACUGGAUAGCGAUGGGCAGACGCCGGCUGAUCUUGCCAAGGAUGAAGGUCACUUAGAACUUGCUGAGAGACUGAUUCAAUGCCAGUAUGAACUGACGGAUAGACUCACAUUCUUUGUGUGUGGAAAGCGACCAGAUCAUUCAUCUAGCACUCAUUUUCUAAUCCCUGAGUUAGCCGAUGGUUCACUAGAUAGAUCAGAUGCCGCGGACCAGGCCAGAAAAAAGCUUCAAAGUCUGAGCAAUCAUUUAUUUGAAGAGUUGGCCAUGGACGUCUAUGAUGAGGUGGACAGGAGAGAAUUAGAUUCAUUAUGGGUAUCCUUAAACAAACCCAGUCUAGUGGGAGGUGAUAGGUCAGUGCCCUUUCUACCACUCAACCCUGAACUAUCAGCUACAAGGAAUCAGGGGAGACAGAAACUAGCGAGGUUUAGUGCUCGAGAGUUUGCUACCCUUAUCAUUGACAUCUUGAAAGAAGCAAAGAGAAGGCAGCAAGGCAACCUCACUCUGUCAAGACAUGGAGAUCAAGUUGAGAUAGUUCGAGAGCCUCCACCGAUUCCCCCUGCCCCCGAGAAGUCGCCAACGUCUCCUACGAACAUCGCAUCCUGCAUCGAGGACAAUGAACCCCUGUAUGACAGCGUCUGUUCUGACGACGACUACGGAGAUGUGGCUGAGAAUGCCAACUUGAAAAACGGAGGCAAUAUCAAUUGUAGGAACCACUCGAAUCAGAAUUCAAUGAGUGCUGCAUCAUCAGAGUUGUCUGAUGGCCAGGUUUCGAUGGAAGAAUACCUCGAGAUGAAGAAGAAGUUAUCAACAUCAGAGAGUAGAGUUCAACAACUCCUUACAAUGAACAAGCAACUCAAUCAGGAUGUUCAUAUGCUACAGUCUAUGGUUGAUAAGUUGAAAGAAGAGAAUGCCAAGUUAUUGGUCCUUCAGAGGGGUAAAGAUGCCCCCAAGAUGGGUAAGCAUCGGGACCUUGAAUCCCUCCCCCCGGCACCCAAACCCGGUCCCAAACCGUCAGUGCCAGGGAACCGACCCAUAUCCAUGUUUGAGCAGAGAGCUACUCAGAAGCCUGCUCCCAGAUGGAAACCCAGCGGACCGAAAGCCAAUCCAACAACACCAGCUAAACCCACCGUGACGGGGAGUGAAGGGGUGGAAUCGAAGGAUGCAGGGAAAGAUGCGAAGAAUCCGGUACCCAUCGUUGGUUUGCCAACUAUUCCAGAUGAUCUAGCCAAUGAGGGUGCAGAUUCAAAAGAUAAGCCAGAUAGGCCACUCAGUGAAACAGGCAGUGAAUAUGAUAACGCUUUACUUUCACAGACAGAAGAUGAAAAGAGGUAUUCACACCUAAACCAGAUUCACCUGCAUCGAUACCCCUCCCAUCCCCUUCCCCCCAACUCUCCUGCCACCAUCAGCACGCCGCCACCGCAGUCAUCGUCGUCGCCCGAACCAGAGGGAGGAGAGGCGGAGGAUGGGGCGGAACCCAAGAAACCACCCACGCAGGAGGCAGUUGUUGGGACUACAGAGAAGAUUACAAGAAGAAUCCAGACCUUGCUGCUGGCAGCACAAGAAGGAAAACUUGAUAGGUUUGUGUCAUGUUCAGAUAACAUCUACGCUACCGUUACAGACAUGGUUGAAUUAUUCCCAGAGAAACCUAAAUCAGAAGAAGUUCGUGUACCCCUUCGACUGUUGGUAUCCAGUGCCAGUCGGCUUAGAGUAGAAUGCCAGAGUGCCAUCCCUGCUGACCCUUCAAUGACCCCUGACCUCAAACAUCUGACCAAUCAGAUCAUCGCUUGUGCAUAUGACAUCGCCAAGGCUGCCAAACAACUCGUCACCAGCUUUCAAUAAAGGUCUCCUUCACACAUUAUCACCUCCCAGCUCGACAGUCACAGUUAGACAGCUCAGAACUGACCCUUUAUCUUUAGAUAUUGUAUGAAGAAGCAGAUCCUAAGCUUCAAAGGGUUAUGUAACUUGUCAACACUGAUGCACAAUAACCCAUGUGACUACUUGAUUCAGUGGAGGAUAAUUUUAGGGUAAGGUUCGAAAGAGCAAGAAGAGAAUACCGGAAAGGUUUCAAGUAUACACCAGCAUGAGAUGCACAUACUGUUAAACAUUCUAUUGAAACUAUCAGGAGUCUGAAAAGAAAUAGAUCUAAUGGAAAUCUUAGAUCUCACACUAUUAAAGUGAGAUGUUGUGACAUUGUCUUUCUGCAGGUGUGGCGGAAGAGUUCCUUAAAAAGAGUUAAUUUUGUUAAUACCCCCUGGUCUUCUGGAAUCAAGUGGUCCCUGUACAAA